AUGACUUUUAUGCGUUCUCUGAUAUUCGUAGUUGCGCUUGCUCUAGCCAGUGGUAUAGGGUAUGCUGUGCCACAAACGGAGAGCAGCAGCACGUCUUCGCUGUCUGUUCAUCCCUCGGACCCGCUCAGUAUCCUCCCGACCUUCAGCUUGAGCACCAGUGUGAUCUCCUCUGCCAGUGUGAGUUCCACGUCGGAAGUCGUUCCCGAGCAGCUCAUCGUCGGAGACGUCCUCGAGCUUCUCCUCCACCCCCUCUGUCUCGGCGUCUACAUUCCCGGUUUCCAGUACGAGCACCGAGACGACGCGCUCAGGGUCGGGCUCCGUGGCGAGCGUUACUUCCACCUCAACGUCGACGUCGACGAGGCAGCCCGCAUCAUCGUCGAGAUCCACGUCGGCCCCCAGCACUGCUACUACCUCUACCGGCGCUGCGCCAUUCGUCACCGCACGCAAUGCGGUCCAGGCCUACAACGUUUCGCGACGAUGGUGAAGCUACCAACCAAGACGGGCGUCGCCGGCCUCUCAGGUACUCCUCUCAUCGGCGCACUCACCUCUGUCUGCAGCGUCGGCUUCCUCCUCUUCGGCUAUGACCUGGGCGUCAUGUCCGGCGUGGUCCUCUCCAAAUACUGGCUCGAGCAGAUGGGCAACCCCUCGACGAUCAUGAUGAGCACCAUCACCGCGCUCUACGACGUCGGCGCGGUCGUGGGCGGCCUCGCCGCCGCGUGCACGACGGAGCCCCUGGGGAGGAAGCGGACGCUCAUCCUGGGCACGACCAUCCUGCUCGUCGGCGUGAUACUCAUGGGCACGUCCUACGAGAGGAUCCAGAUGAUGUUCGCACGGGUCAUCACGGGCAUUGUGACGCCUGUGUACCAGAGCGAGAUCACGCCACCCGAGCAUAGAGGAUGGCAACUGUGCUGCCAGCUCACGUCGAUGAUCGGCGGGAUAGUGCUCACCUACUGGGUGAACUACGCGUUCUACUUCUACUCGGGGCCGAUCCAGUGGCGGUUCCCGCUGCUCUUCCAGGGCAUCUUCGCGAUUUAUGUCAUUUUCCUGACGAUGUUCAUGCCCGAGACGCCGCGGUGGCUGAUUCGCCAUGACCCUACGCCCGAGCGCGGGAUUGAGGUGCUCGCCAAGCUGCGAGGGCUGUCUACGGACCACCCGGUGGUUCUGCAGGAAGCGAGGGAGAUCAUCGAGGCGAUCGAGAUCGAGCGCGAUGAAGAAGGGACGUGGACGGACCUGUUCAAGGGCCACGGCAUAUCAGCGGACAAGCGACUGUACCUUGCGAUCGGCAUCCAGUUCAUGCAGCAGAUGACAGGGAUAAACAUCGUGACAUACUAUGCACCGACUCUCUUCGAGGUCAGCCUGGGUGUGGUAAUGAUAGCGUCCUUCGUCACACUCUGGAUCAGCAUGGCCCUCGGACAGAUGGUUGUCCUCGUCCUCGAAGCCAUCUGCGUCGCAGUGGACAACCCGAGCUCCAACAUCGCUGCCGUGUUCUUCGUGUUCCUAUACGAAUCGUGCUUUACAUGGGGAUGGAUGGCGACCGUGUGGGUGUACCCCGCAGAGAUCCUUCCGCUCAAGAUCCGCGCCAAGGGUGCUGCGCUCGCGACGGCUUCCGACUUCCUCGGGAACUUCCUCGUCGUAGAGAUCACCCCGCCUGCGCUGCAGAACAUCGGGUGGCGGACGUACGUCAUCUUCGCCGCGCUGAACCUCGUGAAUGCGAGCAUAGUCUGGGCGUUCUACCCUGAGACAGCAGGGCAGACGCUCGAGUCGAUAGACAUGCUCUUCCGUGAGUAUGGCUCGAGAAGGAGCGGGCACUGCAAGACAAUACGGGCAGUCAAGACAGCGUACAGCCUGAGCCAGGGCCAGGACGUGGAUGGACCAGCGCUCUGCAGUGGUCGGUCGUCCCGCGCGCUGACGCUGCGACGCAGCGGCUGA